UGACGAAAUGGCGCAUUGUUUGAGACUCCGUCCUCCUUUGCCUCACCAUUUCAAGCCAGUUUCUAUUCAUCACGAGAAACCCACCAACGUUUUCAAGCUCAGCAUCCGCAGUUGUUUUGUAGCUCCGGAAAAAGCUCGGCGGAAAUUCGUGGGGUUUACAAAAUUUGAGCUUCAACCGUGUGUCCAAUUUGGUCUGAAUGAUGUCCCUUUUUGUUCAUGUUUUGUGUCUUCAAAGAGCUCUUUUUCACGCCUUUCUUGUUCGAUUGGAGAAAGUUAAGGGAUGAAGUUGUUCUUGUUCAGGGUUGAAUUGAAUGCUAGUGGCAGAAGUCAAAGAAAAGCUUGAAAAAGAACAGAACAGUCUCCCGGUUGGCAAAUGUGGAAGAGACGAUGAAGAGAUGAUCCUUUGGUUUCUGAAGGAUAGAAAGUUUUCUGUUGAAGAUACAGUCUCCAAAUUGACUAAAGCCAUUGGAUGGCGCAAGGAAUUUGGUGUAUCAGAAUUAUCGGAAGAAUCAGUCAAAAGUGCAGCAGAAACUGGAAAAGCUUAUCUGCACAGCCAUCUUGAUGUAUAUGGUAGACCAGUUCUGAUAGUGGAAGCACGCAAGCAUUUUCCUGGGGAGCAGGGAUCUCAUGAAGAUCAGAAGCUCUGUGUGUUUCUAAUUGAGAAGGCACUAACCAAACUUCCAGCUGGAAAGCAGGAAAUACUUGUUAUAAUUGAUCUCCGAGGGUUUCAAACACAAAAUGCCGAUAUUAAGUUCACAACAUUUGUGUUCGACGCAUUUUACAACUACUAUCCAAAGCGACUGAGCCAAGUCCUAUUUGUGGACGCUCCAUUUAUAUUCAAGCCCGUUUGGCAGCUAAUUAAGCCCCUGCUAAAAUCAUAUGCUUCUCUGGUGAGAUUUUGCUCUGCAGAAGCUGUGAGAGACGAGUAUUUUACAGAAGAUACUGUUCCAGCUAACUUCAGGGGGUGAAGAACUGGAGAUCAGAGAAUUGAUGAAAACACUAACAUGGUGGGUAGUCCAAAUCAGUGCUCAAUAUCUGUAGCAUAAUGGAAACACUUUGGUGACUUCUGAACUUGAUUAUAUAAUAUUGUACACAUCUUAAGAAUAAUGACAUAGAAAAAAGUAAUAAUUGAAUUACAUUAUUACACGACAAAUUAGUUUUAUAGGACUUACGUUAUUCUUUAUUCA